AGACAGAGACCCAGAGAGAGAGAGAGAAAGAGGAAGAGGGUUUUAGAAUUCAGAGACGAGGGGAGCAUCAAUGGCGUCUAGGGUUUCAGUGAAGGGAAAGGGCAAAUCGAUAAAGGGCUCAAAGGAUGGCUCUGAGGGUCAUUCCACAGCCAAGUGCUUGAAGGAUUGGAGCAACUGGGCUCUGAAGAAAGCCAAGGUCAUCACGCACUAUGGUUUCAUUCCAAUGGUGAUCAUCAUCGGUAUGAAUUCUGAGCCAAAGCCUCAGCUUUAUCAGCUUCUUUCCCCAGUUUGAGGCCAAAUCUGCAAUACCCAGAUCCCCAAAGUUUAUCGGAACCUUCAUCUCUCUGAUGGAUCGACACAAUCUAUAGGAUAUGUACUAGGCUUUUUCUCUUUCUUUUUUAUUUUCUUUUCUUGGUUCUGAAUUUUAGGUUUCAGUUUUUAUAGUUGAAUCUCUGUGUAAGGAUUUGAAUUUGCAGUACCCAGAUUUGAAGCCUAAAAUAAAAUCCAUGGUUUUUUCAA